AUGAGAGCGACUCUCCUCCGCCUGGCACGGGCACAGCACGUGCGGGACUCCCGUGCAGUCUGUCAAUUCCAAUUUACCCCGAAAGCUGGCUUGCGGUCUUUUUCGUCCUCACCAGCUGCCGCGUCGGGUCUUCGGGAGCUGUUGUCCGUGUCGGAGGAGGUGGCGGAUGCUGUGGCCACAAACAAGCCCGUGGUGGCGCUCGAGUCCACCAUCUACACCCAUGGCAUCCUGGGAAACGAUCUUGCCAAGCAGCACCUCGACCUGGUGCGCCGUCAUGGCGGUAUUCCUGCCAUUAUUGCCAUUGUCGAUGGACGCCCCAAGGUUGGAGUUUCGUAUGAAGAGAUCCUGCGCAUGAUUGAGGACAAGAGCACUGUCAAGGCCUCUCGAAGGGACAUUGCAUAUCUAGUGGGAAUGGGUCUGGCUGGCCGCAAAAUCCAUGGCGGUACUACCAUUGCCGGAACUAUGCUCCUGGCCAAGGCCGCCGGGAUCCGCGUCUUUGGCACCGGAGGUCUGGGUGGUGUUCACCGCGGCGGCGAAAGCUCCAUGGAUGUCUCUGCUGACCUGACCGAGCUGGGCCGCACUCGAGUUGCCGUCAUUGGCAGUGGCUGCAAAGGCUUCCUCGACAUUCCGCGCACCCUCGAGUUCCUCGAGACACAAGGCUGCCUGGUGUCGUCCUUUGCCGACGGACGACAGGGCAGCGUUGACUUUCCAGCCUUUUGGGCGCGAGAGAGCGGCAUCAAGAGCCCUCUGACCGUGACCACGGAAAAGGAGGCUGCGUCCAUCAUCUACGCGCAAGAAAUGCUGGGCAUCGAAUCGGGCAUGUUCUUUGCGAAUCCCAUUUCGGAGGAGCAUGGCAUCCCAGCCGCGGAGAUGCAAGUAGUCAUUGAACAGGCUGUCAGAGAGGCCAACGAAAAAGGCUUCACGGGCAGCAAUAAUACACCCUACAUCCUGGGCCGCCUCAGAGAGCUCACGUCAGAGAAGACGGUGGUGGCCAACAAGGCCCUCGUGCACUCCAACAUAAUCCGAGCCACCAAGGUUUCUGUGGAGCUAUCGCGCUUGCUCUCGCCCAAAUCAAGCCAGACUGGUAGCUCAGCAUUGUUGCACCAACCUGUUCUGGUCCGCCCACAACCCACAGAAGCGAAGACGGAGCCAGCACCGGCGUCAGCCCCCGUGUCAAAUAUUAUGGUGGCCGGAUCUGUUGCUGUUGAUUUGAGCUGCGACUAUUCCCGCCCCAAAUCUGGGGAUGCGUCGCCUCAGUCGCACGUGUCGAAUCCGUCGCGUAUUAGCCAGUCUGUUGGCGGUGUUGGUCGCAACGUUGCUGUAGCCGCUCAUCUGGCUAGUGGAGGCUCCGGGGUUCAAUUCUGCAGCUUGGUGGGCGAUGACGUGGCCGGCCAAACUGUCCUCACCUCACUCAAUGCAUCUGGCCUGAAUACUUCAUCAAUAAUGAAGUUGAACCACCAGAAGUAUCCCGAGGGGCGCACUGCGCAAUACGUCGCAGUAAAUGACGGAAAUAAGGACUUGGUGCUCGCCAUGGCCGACAUGAACAUAUUUUCCAAGAAUUCGUUUUCGGACCACUGGCGUUCCACUGUCGCCGCAUCAAAGCCAAAGUGGCUUGUGGUCGAUGGGAACUGGGCGCCCCCUGAAAUUAGAAACUGGAUUAGAGCCGGCGAAGAUAAUGACGCAAAAGUUGCCUUUGAGCCGGUCUCGGCGGAAAAGUCAAAGAGUCUCUUUUGCCCCGAGCGUGGACUUCCAAGGCUAAACCUAUACCCCGAGCCUAGCAUCAGCCUAGCUUCGCCCAACACCUACGAACUCGCAGCAAUGUAUAACACAGCGAAGGAUAACGGCUAUUUUGAGCCAAUGGAUUGGUUCGAAGUCAUCGAUGCAUUUGGAAUGAGAGGGGCUCGCGAUCGCUUCAUCCACCUCACCUCUGUGGAGCUUACCGAUGCCGGCGUUCCCAUCCAAACAAUUAACCUGCUCCCGUAUAUCCCGACAAUUUUGACCAAGCUGGGAUCCAAGGGCGUUUUGAUGACGGCAAUCUUGGGCAAGGACGACCCCCGUCUGAGAGAUAGAGAUGAGGAAGAAUUUAUCUUGACCCGCUCACCACCGACACACCCGGUAGUAGGCGGGGUUUACAUGCGCCUGUUCCCAGCUGUGGAAUCGGUGAAGGAUAUUGUAUCUGUCAAUGGGGUUGGAGAUACAUUCCUUGGAGUACUAAUUUCUGGGCUUGCACAAGGCGGUCGGGUUGACAAGCUGGUGGAUGUGGCCCAGCGUGGUGCUGUGCUGACGUUGAAGAGCACAGAAUCGCUCAGCCUCGCGAAAGCUUCCGAUGUUGAUUGGACAGUCUACUUUAUGACCCACAUAUACUUCAACAAGGCUGUGAUGGACCACCAAAAAAUUAUUCGUCCCAAGGCGUCGUCGAAUGCUCUCAAGCAGCUUUUCCCACGCCGCGCAAAGUUCGAAAUCAACGGUGCAGCGCAGCACGAAAUGUCCUCGGACGUCGAGUCGACCAGCGGCCGUGCUGAAGAAGGCAAGCAAAAAUUAGCCAACCCCGUGUAUGAAAAGGAUUCGGACGAGGAAGAACUCGAACGGCUCGUUCUAGGCGACAGGGCGGGAUUCCGAGAGAAUCUCUUUGAAAAUGACAGCAAGGAUUUGUUUGGCGGCCCGGGCGACGACAUGGACGGCGAUGGCGACUUGGAAGAGGUCGACGACGACGCCUUGUUCAUGGUGGACACGGCCAUGCCAGGCGUCAAGGGCCCAGUCACUUCCGCACCCAAGGGAGCCGACGACCCCAACGCCCCCGUGUGGGAAGACAGCGACGACGAGCGCCUGGCCAUCUCGCUCGCCAACACGUCAAGGCUCCGCAAGCUCCGCCUCACCGAGGCCGAAGACCUCGUCAGCGGCACCGAGUACUGCCGGCGUCUGCGCCAGCAAUACCUGCGUCUGAACCCGUCCCCCGCCUGGGCCCGCGAAGCCGAGGGCCGGCCCAGCAAGCGCCGGCGCUCGUCCGCCGCUUCGAGCGACUCCUCCGACAGCGACUCGGACGCCUUUUCCGCCGAGCCGCUCGAAAAGUUUCUGCGCAGCGCUACGAGCCUGGGCGGCGUGGGCAGCACCAAGACGCGUCGGCUGCGGCCCGAGGUGCUCGACAUCCAGCGCACGCGCGAGAUCCCCGACAAGCACAAGGCCGCCGUGUCCUCGCUGUCGUUUCACCCGCAGUAUCCCGUGCUGCUGUCGGCCAGCAGCGCCUCCAUUCUGUACCUGCAUCACAUCGCCGCCGACGCGCAGCCGACGCCGCACCCGCGGCUGACGUCUGUGCAGGCGCGGCAGGUGGACGUGCGCCGCGCGGCCUUUUUGUACCCCGACGGCGACAAGAUUGUGUUUGGCGGCCGCCGGCGCUACUUCCACACCUGGGACCUGCCGUCGGGCGUCGUGGCCAAGACGACGCAGGUGCUCGGACACCGUCUGGAGCACAAGACCAUGGAGCACUUCCGGUUGAGCCCCUGCGGGCGGUACAUGGCCGUCGCCGGGUCCGGCCGAAAGGGCGGCGGCGUGGUCAACGUGCUGAGCGUGGCGUCGACGCAGUGGAUCGCGGCAGCGCGGCUGUCGAGCCGGCACGGCGUGGCGGACUUUGCGUGGUGGAGCAACGGCGAUGGGCUCGCCAUUCUGGGCAAGGACGGCCAGGUCGGCGAGUACAGCGUCGAGAGCCAGUCGUUUGUCGGGGUCUGGCAUGACGAGGGCUGCGUGGGCGGCAUCGUGAUUGCGCUCGGCGGGCACCAGGGUCCCGCCGCGCUCGGGGAGGACCGCUGGGUGGCUGUCGGCUCCAGCAGCGGCAUCACCAACAUCUAUGAACGCAGCGAGCUUCUGCGGACGGCCACGGAUGGCGACGACGGCGAGCAGAUGCUCAAGGAGCGCCCGUCGCCGAGGCGCACGUUUGAGCAGCUCGUCACGGCCAUUACCGCGCUCGCGUUCUCGCCCGACGGCCAGCUGUUCGCCUUUGGCAGCCAGUACAAAAAGGACGCGCUGCGCCUGGUGCACCUGCCCACGUGCACCGUGUACAGGAACUGGCCGACGGAGCAGACCAGCAUUGGCCGCCUCACGGCGGUGGCGUUUGGCCGCGGGAGCGACCUGCUCGCCGUGGGUAACGAUGUAGGCAAGAUUAGGCUCUGGGAUAUCAGGAGUUGA